AUGUCGAAGGAUUUUUAUCUGAGAUACUAUGUAGGACACAAGGGAAAAUUCGGACACGAGUUCUUAGAGUUCGAGCUAGACCACGGCAAGUUGCGAUAUGCCAACAAUUCACAGUAUAAACAACGGAAUGACUCGAACGAUAUGAUCCGAAAGGAGGUUCAUGUCUCCGAGACGAUUGUGGCGGAACUGAAGCGAAUUGUUGAAGACUCCGAUAUAAUACACGAAGAUGAUCACCUAUGGCCAUUGGCUGAUCGAGUGGGUACACAAGAAUUAGAAGUUAUGAUGGGUGACGAGCACAUCUCGUUCAAAACAUCGAAGAUUGGUUCAUUGACGAAUGUCAACGAGAGCAAAGAUCCCGAAGGCCUGCGCGCCUUUUACUAUUUGGUACAAGAUCUGAAGUGUCUUGUGAUCUCCCUCAUUGGUCUGCACUUCAAGAUCAAGCCAAUCUAG